AGACUUCAGCGCAAAAUAUAGUUCAAGGUCACCUUAGCGUACGGUUGUCGAUAAAACGAACGAGACUAUAAUUUGUGGACGAACUAAUCGCGGAAUCCACUAAUCGAUUUUGAUAAAUAUAGUCUUUGCAUUAUAAUUGAUGGAAAUUCGUGUUGAGAACUCGAGAUCUAAUUCCUAAGCUUAAUCGUCAACUCUAUAUUAAUAGUUCCAACACUAACCUAAGUGGUAACACCCAAAAACUUUAGACACAACAUAGCAGAACGGACUGUAGACACAACUCCUACUCCUUAAGAGUUGUCAAAUGCUGGAAUUCGCUGCCGGCUAAGCUAGUCCAAACGACUUCCCAGGAGUCCUUUAAGAGGCAACUUGAUCUAAUCUUAAAGAUUAAGGAUAGUAUCACACGAUGAUUUUCUAAUUUCUUUUUCCUCUUUUAUUGUUAACAUACCUAGGUUCCUGCCUGGAGGUUUCGGUGAUCCCCUGCUACUAGACACGGAAGCCUUUUCAGCGAAAGCUUCUUCCAUUCCGUCCGCAACCAUUGGAACCAUUCUAAUUCCUCACACAGAUUCAUAACCCUCAUUUAAUCCUGGUUACUAGGUAGACACUCUCCAGGCCAGUCUGGCGUCGCUCAAAGCUCGUCCAUAAAUUAUAGUCUCAUCACGCAAACUUCUAUUCUUAAAUGUAGUAUUUACUAGAAUUGACGUAGAAGUAUAUUUCGGUAAUAUUUAAUGAUUGAUGCUUUCGACCUCACAGGCCUCAUCAAAUGUCUUAUAUUGUCAAUAAAGAACUAUGAGUAGUUCUCUGCACAACAAUCUGCGAGAAGUUUUUGGUUGCGAUGCUAUAGAUUCUUGUUUUUGUAAAGAAUUAUUUUUCGAACAAGUCGUAUAUUUCUUACAAACUUCGGACUUAACAUCACAACUCGCUACGCUGGUGGAAGAAUGUAAUUGUUUGGUGAGUAUUUCUACUAUCAAUCUUUAUCAUACUCUUGAUGAUGAUAAUGAUCUUCUGAGGUUACUGUGUUUGUUCAUAAAAUUGAUUGGUAAUUUAAAUGACGAGUUGAAUGCAUAUCUUGGAUCUAUCCUCGACUCAAGACUGGAGUCAAUAAUGAAUGACAAUAAAAUAAUGAGCGAUGUACAGUGCCUUGUUACAUCUGUGUUAAGUUCAUUGAAAUGUGAAAAUUUAUUACAACCAUUAUGGCAUAGUUAUUUGUGUUUAGAACUUGAGUCAGCUGAAAUGGAUACUGAAGAGUCGAAUAUAUUCUCUUCCAUCAUUUGUCCAAACAUUACAGACAGAAAAAUGCAAAUUUUGUUGUCAGCCCGGAAUUUAACUCAUAAUCAUUCUCUAGUCAGUUGGAAUAAUUUAUAUCGACAUUUAUGUGCACCUUAUAUUAAAGAAGCUCUAUCAUACAGAACAAAGCUAUUGUGUUCUGAAAAUUAUGCCGAACGAUUUCUAGAUUCAAUAAUAAAAUAUAAAAACUAUGUACUGAAAAAAGUUCUCAUACCUAGACUAUUUUCAAGAAAAAUUGAUAUACAUGAUAUCAAUUCUGAGUUAUCGGAUGAAAUUGUAUAUAAGACAUUCUAUUUAGUCCAUAAACCUGAUAUGUUUUCAUUAGUUAUUGAAUACCCAGACUCUGUUGCUGCGCUUAUGGACCUGGGUAAAUGUUUGGAUAAUCUCCCAAUACGUCAAGAUUUGAUUACUCACCUAACCGAAGAAGUUCAACAACGAUUAUUGCAUCCAGGUGUUCAUACUGAACAAAUUUUAGCUGCUUAUAAUUACUUAGUACGGGCUUUACGUUUAAUCGAUAGUACAUUUCUGGUACAAGAUAUAGUUUGCAAACCAGUCUCGGCAUGUCUUCGGCAAAGAGAGGAUGCGGUUCGUUGUAUAGUUGAUAAAUUAAUUUCUGGCCCUGAAACCGAUGGUGAAGACGAUGAAAUUAAAGCUGAAGCAUACACUGAUACAACUACAGAACUUCAUCAAGAGUUAUUAUUACCUAAACCAUUGGAAGUUGAACCAUUGGAUGGUGGUGAAGAUAGUGAUGCUGAUAUUGUCUAUGAAGACCCACCAUUUGACUCCGAUAUACAUUCUGCUAACUCAGAUAAACAUUUUCUUUUGGAAAGUGAUUGGAAACCAGAUCCUAUUGAAGCUUUAUGUCAGCGAGGAUCUUGGCGUCGUAAAUUAGAUCUUUUAAGCAUGUUAGUUAGUAUUUAUGGAAGCAAGAAAGCAUUUUUAGUUGAAUACAAACAAUUAUUGAGUCAACGUUUAUUAAGACAGAGAAGUUUCCAUACAGCAAGAGAAUUAAGAAACUUGGAGCUGUUAAAACUUCGGUUUGGCGAACAGAAUUUACAUGAAUGUGAAGUUAUGCUUAAAGAUAUUCGAGAUUCGAAACGAAUUGCUAAUUUAGUAUCAGAAGCUACGUCAAAUAAUUCAAAAGGAAAGCAUUUAGAUCAAACAGAUAAAUUAUUAAACAGUCCUACUCUUGCUCCUGAUGGUAAUGAAAUCAUGGAAUCAGAUGAAACGCAGUUAAAAGUUGAUUGUUUGGAGAAUAAAGCAACGUCUGUCGUAUGUGUUACUGGCGCUACUACGACUCCCAUUACUACUGCCAGUAAUGAUGAUAAUUUUAUUUUGAGCAGUAAUAGUAGUAGUGCUAAUAAUAUUGCUUUUCCUUUAUCUGCUUACAUUUUAUCUAUUCAUUAUUGGCCAGAAUUGCUUGAUGAUAAAUUUAAAAUACCUGAAGAUUUUCGUCCAGUAUUUGAACACUAUGAACAAUGUUUCCAACGUCUUAAAGGUAAUAGAACACUCAAUUGGAUGCAUAAACUGGGUCUAGUGAAUAUCGAUCUUACACUUGGCAAACGUAGCGUGAAAAUUGAUGUUACACCGUUGCAAGUAUCAAUUGUUCAUCUAUUCACAAAACAACGUACUUGGUAUAUAAGAGAUUUAGCUCAAAAACUAGAAAGUCAAAUCUCCACGAUUCGGACUAGUUUAUAUAUGUUUAUUCAGUUAGGAUUUAUACGACUAUCUGAUUCACACGAUAGUAAUAGCCAUAUAAAUUUUACAAGUGAAAAUCUAGAAAUCUAUGAAGUUUGUGACGAGACAGAUACUACUAAUUCAAAUGAGAAGUUAAGUAAUUCAAAUAGUAUAAAUUAUUCAAAUGAUCCUGAGAAAAUUGAUUCAAACACUAUUGAAGCAACAAAUAAUUGGAUGUUUACAUCACAAGAUCAUUCUGAUUCACUUGUAGCUAGUGUUAGAGAACGUAAAGAAAAGGAAUUACAAGUAUUUUGGUCUUAUAUCACUGCUAUGUUAACCAACCUUGGAAGUUCGUCAUUAGAUCGAAUCCAUUCGAUGCUUAAGAUGUUCGCACUCGGUUCUACAUCCAGUUUAGGAUUUAAUAGAGAUGAACUACGCCGAUUUCUAGAUAAGAAAAUUAGAGAAGGCCAACUAAGUUAUGAUGGUGAAAUGUAUAAAUUAACAAUCCCUGAUGUGUAAAUACUUUAAGUGUAUUGUACAAAUAAAUAUCGUAAAAUCUUUUUAAUUU